ACCUGGAAUGCCGUAGCCAUUUGCCUGUGAGCGACACAUCUCCGAUCCUCUUUUUGUCGCUCCUGUGAGACUGUCCUGGGGUAACCCUGAAGAUCUUCACUUACCACGAAGAACAUAUCUCAUUCGGCCGCCAAGAGAUCCCCAAUCUAUCUACCUAUACAUUGUCGCAGCCCCUUUUCUGUAUUGCAUGUCCAUCAAGAAGCUGAGCACUCCAAGAUGGCAGAUUUCUUUGCGUCCGGGGAGACAUAUCGUCAAGCAUUCGAUGGCCAAGCUUUGCCAAUGCUGAGUUACGGCCUACGAUUCUCGGACGCCUGUGCGAAGGAGGUCGAGCGCUUGAAGUCAUCUCGAAUCUACGUCCUCACAUCCAAAUCUCUGGCCACGCAAAGCGAUAAUCUCGAGAAGCUGAAGAAAACCCUGGGAAAGAAUCUCGUUGGAAUCCGCAUUGGAAUUGGCGCCCACACCCCUAUAUCCGAGUGUCUGGAGAUGAUCUCCAAAAUCAAAGAGCUUGAUGACGGAAUUGAUUGUAUCAUCACCUUAGGCGGUGGUAGUGUCACCGAUGCUGGAAAAUUGGUCCGAUUUGCGCUUGCGAACGACGCUUUCACAGAUGAGGAAGUUAACACGCUCUGGGGCGGCCACUCGCACAACCCGAAGCAACGACAAGACGCAAAGCUGCCAACGAUUCCUCUCAUCUGCAUUCCCACCUCCCUUUCUGGUGGCGAGUAUCAGCAUAUCGCUGGAGCCACCGAGACCGUCUCGCAUGCCAAGCGAACCUUUGAACCAAAAGUCAAUCCCACGCUGACGAUUCAAGAUCCAGAGCUUUGCCUGCUUACGCCGCAAUGGCUUUGGCUGAGCUCAGGCAUCCGCGCAGUCGACCAUUGUGUAGAGACGUUGUGUUCAUUAAUGAGCAACGACAAGGGUGAUGAGGAGGCUAGGAAGGGCUUGGUCAAGCUUGUUCCUGGACUGCUAAGGUGCAAGCACGACCCGUCUGAUAUUGAAGCUCGCCAUCUUUGCCAGCUCGGCGUUGUCGAGGCGAUGAGCGCCGUCUCCAGCGGAGUUCCACUGGGCGGAAGCCACGCCAUUGGACAUCAAUUAGGUCCUCUAGGAGUUGGCCACGGCGAGACAAGCUGCAUUUUACUGCCGGCAGUGUGCAAGUAUAAUGCUUCAAAGGGGGCGAACAACGAGAGGCAAAAGGCUGUCGCCGAUCUGCUGCUCAAGGAUAAAAAUGUUCAGGGUAUUUUGAAAGGGAAAGAGACGGAGCAGUUGGACCUUGGGGAUAUAUUAUAUGCCAUUAUUGGGGAACUUGGUAUGCCUCAGACGCUCAAGGCGGUCAACGUUGGGCGCGACAAACUCGAUAAGCUGGCGGAAAACAGUCUGCAUGAUAUAUGGAUCAAGACCAACGCUGUACCAAUGACAGAAAAAUCGCAGGUUUUGGAGGUUUUGGAAAUGGUUGUAGGUUGACGAAUUCAAUUAAUUUGACUGACCUUGCAGUAGCACAGUGAAUACCCAUAGAC